UUUUAAUAAGAAAAAAGGGUAAACUCAGCUACUCGAGUGCAAAACAGGACAAUAGUGGCCGAGGUUUGGAAGAGACCGAGCACCUCGUUUUGGCAGAGCAGAGAUAAUGGCAUGGAGAGGCCAACUUUCUAAGAAUCUGAAAGAGCUUCGGAUUCUUCUUUGUCAAUCUUCUCCUUCAAGUUCAUCUACUAGAACAUUUAUAGAGAAGAAUUACAAGGAUCUGAAGACCCUUAACCCAAAACUUCCAAUUCUGAUCCGUGAAUGCAAUGGAAUCGAGCCUCAGUUAUGGGCAAGAUAUGGAAAAGAGAACGAGGGAGAUCCACAAGAAGAAGGCUCCAAAGGCUACUCAGAGAGCAAAAUGGGGACAACGGGAUGAAGAUGCUCAACCAAUCCAAUCUGUCAUUUGGCUAAACACAACAAUAGUAGUUUUUAGUUUUUUAUUUUUGCGUGAUGGUGAAAUAACCUUGGUGUGUUUGCAACUAUUGGUAUGGAAUUUUGUUCCAUGUUCUUUCUUUGUUCAUCCACAAUUGCCUGCUGUCCUUCAUACUGGUAUCCAUUUGAUGAGUAGUGUGGAUUUUGUUUGUGUGCUUUUAUCUUUCUGCCAUCACGGAUUAGUUCUUUAGCUCAAUGAUUGUAAUGUGGAGUUGUGCAACCUUCAAUUUCUAUGCAGAUUUUGGUGUUGAGCGGGGCGUUCGGUUGGAGGGUUUAAGUGAGGCGCAGAUCUCGAAGGCCCUAGAAGAGCUUGGGAAAGUGGGUGCAUCACUUAAAGGUUGAUAUCAUUGCUGUUCAUCUGUGUGAAAUGAAAUAAAUUGAUAUUAUGGGAAGAACUAUGGAGUCUGCCCUUUGCGUUGCUAUCUCUCCGUGAUGUGCUUGUUUAAGAUUCUUAUUUGGUAGUUGGACAUUCAGUAUUGUUGUCGUUUAGUUUGAUCACAAUCAUAACAUGGCAUUGGCAUGUUUCCUUCCUAUUGAAUAACCAGGAUUGACAUUUUGUUUUUGGUAUUGAUAACCAGCACGACUUUUAGUUCUGUCCAAACCGGACAGGACCUCUCA